UAUCCAGAAUCAAAAAAGUCUCGAAGAACGCUCUCAAAAUCUCCACCAACAACAACUGAGUCUGCCAUAUGCCAACGAUGGCCUUAUCAUCAGCAUCAGCGGCGGCGGCGAAAGCAGCAAACAUAAUGCUCCCAAACUCCUCCCCUUAUAGUAUUACUUGCGGUUUUAAACAAUCCCAAUAUCGCAGUAGCACUGCUCCUCCUCCUUUUCCGAUUGGCCGCCCCCUGCGGUUCGGUGACUUCUUCUCUGAUUCUCAAAUUAGUCUGGUCCACAAAUGCACAACAACAACUGCAGCACCAACAACAAAUUAUUCUCAUCUUUCAACAAUUACAGCUCAGGUUUCCGUAGAUUAUAUUCCAGAGGCGAGUUAUUACAAAGUUGAAGCUGUUUUGAGACCCUGGAGGGUUCCGCAAGUCUCUUCGGCAAUGUUGAAGAUGGGCAUUCGUGGUGUUACGGUUUCUGAUGUUCGAGGCUUUGGUGUUCAGGGUGGCUUGACAGAAAGGCAAGCUGGCUCUGAGUUUUCUGAAGAUAAAUUUGUAGCAAAAGUUAAGAUGGAGAUUGUUGUUAGCAAGAACCAGGUUGAAGCAGUCAUAGAAAAGAUAAUUGAAGAGGCAAGAACUGGAGAAAUUGGUGAUGGCAAGAUUUUUGUGGUUCCUGUUGCAGAUGUAAUAAGAGUUCGCACAGGUGAGCGGGGAGAAACUUGAGAGGAUGAUGGGAGGCCGGACUGACAUGUUCUCCGCUGCUGAAUCACCAGCUGCUUAAGUUUCUGAAUGGAGGACGUGGGAAUUAACCAAAAUGUACUAGCCGGCUAGUGGUUGAAGAGGGAAAACCGAGGGGGGAAGUGGCCAGGAUUUGGGUGGAAGACCAUUGCUUGAAAAAACGCUGGUAUGUAAAUUAAAUAAAGGUACAAGGAGGAGAUGCUGCAGAGCAGCAGAAUUGCAAAUCGUCUUGUAUCCCAACCCUUGUCUUGCAAGAGGCGAGGAAAAUAAAAAGGUUUAUGAUAGUAAUUCCAAUUUUUAAUUAGGCCAAAAUCUAGAUAGAUCCAGUUUUUAAGGUCUAAUGAUUCAAAUUGUGUCAGAUCAUUUGAUGAGAUGGUGUAGUACAAUUUAGAGCAUUGCGUUUUUUAAGAUCA